AUGUAUUCUAUUUCACAACUGGGUGCUUGCGUAGAGCUGGAUUGGUACAACUGCGGCAUUGACAACGAUAUUGAUGUAGCGGUUGGGAACGUGUCUAUAUUCCAGUAUCCGUGGCUAGGCGUUCUGUACUACUCUUACUUUGGCGACACUGGCGAAGCACGUGUUGUUACAACUGUGGCUCUCAUACAAGCAGAGUUUGUAAUAGGAUCCGCAGCAGACAUUGGUCCAAUGCCUAAACAUAAUUUUAGAGCGAAUACUGAAGUUUUACUUGGUAAUAAUUGGAACAGAGUUGGCAGACGCGUUCGCAAUUAUGUGAUACACGAGGAAUAUGGGGAAACUUAUAAUACUGUUGCAUUAGUUCAAUUAAGAACACCAGUUAGAGACGCACAUAUAAAACCUAUAUGUCCGCCUCCUGAGAGGUUAAGAGAUCCAGUGUUUUACGUUAUGAAGUUUGAUGAAGAUUACGAACACCUUCAGAAAGAAGUUGUGCCUGUUUCACAUGUUCCUGGUUCGCUUUGCAAAGAGUUUUACGUCAGAGCCAAUCUAUAUUCAAAGCGGAUGCGCCCUGCCCACGUAGCAUGUGCGGUCUCCCUGGAUGAAGAGCGUGUUUGUGUAUGGCAAGCGGGUGGAGCUCUAGUAGCCCGGGACGUCUGGGGAAGGUGGCAGCUGUUAGGUCUGGGCGUUAGAGGCCCAGGCUGUGGGGCCCCAUCUCGUUAUAUGGAUAUGAUGAGUUACUAUCCCUGGGUAGAACAUACGCUCUCUAAGUUCCGACGUAUCACCAUUUCCAAGAUGUCGGAUCAUAGAUAUAUAUUAAGAGCCGAUAAUACAGCAUACCAGGGCUUCGGGAACUGUGAUGAAGAAGAGAAAAUCAAUUUGAUUUAUCGCGAGAUGAUAUCUCUACGGACAGACAACAACCAGUACCAGUUCUUAACAUAUAAUAUGUCAAUUUAUGAUGAUGUGGAGUAUACAUGUCUCACUUUGGAACUGGUGAACGCAUCAGCUGUCUCUGAGAUGAGGAUAAAACAUCUCUGCACGAGAUUCUCCUAUGGACCUCCCUGCUAUGCUUAUAAAGGCUCAGUCUUCGAAAUAUCAGUGUAUAUAAUGUUUUCUGAUUCAUGCCGAUUUGAAAUGUUCGCUUGGGGCUUCCACAAGAAUAUGACUCUUAUCGACAUUCAGCAAUGGAAAUGGGAGGAAGGAACAUUUUACGAAGAUUUUACUAUGGCACCCGUGGAGUACAGAGGACCGGCGCAUAUGACUACAUUUGGAUUUGAGCCAGUGGAUUACGGUAGCUGGGUGCCCGAAUACGAUAUAUGGACUACAACUGAAUUUUCCAACAUUACUACUACUACAACGGUGAAACCGCAAGAUAUUUAUGAUUCACACAUACCGCCGCCGAAUCUCGACACUCAUAUUUACGUUGCGUCUUCCACUGUUAACACAACAGAAGACUUUUCUACAACAACUAUUUAUCCUAUUUUCGAAUUGUCUAUGACUGGAAAACCAGACAACAGUACACCCAGAGAACUGUAUCCGUAGAAAGAAUUAAAUA